CACACUGAUUGGUCGAUUACAUGCGGAGUCCUCGUACCUGGAUCCCCAUCCCGUGCUAAACGGCAGCAUUUCCACAGCAUGCGCUUGAUUAGGCUACUCAGUGAGAAAGGACCCCUUCUUAGACCACUCUUCAAGAGCUGCGCUCUGGUAAUGACAGACCCAGGCAAAACUUGUUGAUUUCUAGCGAGGGAGGUGCUAUUACGCACCAAACGAGUGUCAUAUCCAAUUAUCUGGAAACCCGGCAUGUGUUGUAAUUGAAUCCUUAUUUCCCAACCGGUUGUUAUGGAUGGAGGUCGAGAGAGGGGUUAGUUAGUGCCUGUUGCUCUUUCCUGGUGCAGCAUGUUGCACUGGUGGUCUCUCGCUUUAUCAGUCCUCAGGGUGGGCAGUUGGAGGCAUUGAGGACGCUGCGCUGCCAACAAGAAUAAUUCACUCGUUUUUGGAGAGACGAUACGACUAGCAGAUAUCUUGGCUCCACCAAGCAAUACGUUCGCCUGGGUCGAUAAUUUAGGCUAUUUUUAGGAGUUUGCCUUUAUUACAUGUGAAGUUCAAUGCUGGAAUGUAAUUUUUAAAACGGAGCGUUUUCUUGUGUUUGGAGCGUUUUUGUGUGUGAAGAACCUGCAGAGCAACUUUUGGAACAAAUUACGCAUAAGAAGAGGAUGGUGUUUUACAUGUAGAGUGAAAGUUUCGCUCUGCGCUCUGUUGGGUCAUUAUUGUAUUACAUUUUUGUAUUUUUUUCUGUUUUGCUAACUAUAUUCAAGAACAAAACAGGUUUAAAGCCCUGGACUGCAGGAGAAAUGGCCAGCGAACUGAAACCACGGCUUUGUAUCAUGACAAAGAGUGAGAACGGGUAUGGGUUUCACUUGCACGGUGAGAAGGGGAAGAACGGCCAGUACAUUCGCAAAGUUGAGCCCGCGUCGUCAGCAGAAGCUUCGGGGCUGCGCCCGGGGGACCGUGUCAUUGAGGUGAACGGGGGAAAUGUGGAGAAAGAUACGCACCAUCAAGUGGUGCAGAGGAUCAAGGCGGUGGAGCAUGAGACCAGGCUGCUGGUGGUAGACCGGGAGACGGACGAGUACCUCCGCAGCCUGCGCCUCGUCUGCACCGAGGAGAUGGCUGUCCGUCUGGGGGGACUCACCUCUGUGUCCCCCUCCUCGCCCCCAGCCUCACCGCCCCCCUCCUCGCCCCCGGCCUCCUCGCCCGCAGCCAAGAGAGAGAACGGCUCUGUGUCCAAGCUGCCCGCCACCCUGACCAGAGAGGUACCCAAGCCCACGCGAAGGUCUCCGUCGCGGGCCGCCAAGAAGGUGUUCUUGGGUCUUCCUCUCUUGCUUUCACCCUGUGGUUUCCAGGAGGCUUUGGCCCAUGUUAAUGCCCAUGUCCAGGUGGCGCGGCCACCAGUGGACCCAUCGGAGCUGUUCCCCAGGCUGUGCCACCUGGUGCGGGUCGAGACUGGCUACGGCUUCAACCUGCACAGUGAGAAGUCCCGGCCAGGCCAGUACAUCCGCUCCCUGGACCCUGGGUCUCCAGCCGACCACGCCGGGCUCAGACCACAGGACAGACUCAUAGAGGUGAAUGGAGUGAACGUAGAGGGCAUGCGCCAUGCGGAGGUUGUGGCCUUCAUAAAGACAGGAGGAGAUGAGACCAGGCUGCUGGUGGUGGACCCUGACACAGACCAUCACUUUAAGAAGAUGGGCGUCACCCCGUUGGCCAGCCACGUCAAAGACUAUGACGGUCCGUCCAUAUCCAACGGCUCCCCCAGUCCUCAGAUCAACGGCAGCUUCACCAGCCGCUCCAUCCAGUCACACCACUCUGACCUGAGCAGUCCAGACAACAGCCUGCAGCUGGGAGAGGACGAGGCGGGCCGUCUGAUGGACCCGUUUGCUGAGAUCGGCCUGCUCCUGAGUCCCACAGCAGCUGAGGCCAAAGAGAAGGCCCAUGCCAAGAGGGCCAAGAAGAGAGCCCCUCAGAUGGACUGGGACAAAAAACACCAGCUCUUCAGCAACUUCUGAACUUUUCUUCCACCCAAUGAGAGAAGCAGAAAGACUGUCGAAUUUGACAUUUCUGAAAGUUACCUUCAACAUCCCUACCCGUUACCGCACCACCACUACCAACCAAUCCAACAGAAGAGAAUACGCAGAUAGAAUGUUGUUCUCUGAACGUUGGCAAUCCAACACACACUCCCUCCUGCUUCCAAAAUGGACGGGAUGGAAUGAUGGACAUCUCAUCCUUUACCCCUCCUUCAACCCUCCCUUCUUCCACCCUUCUCUAUACCCCCAUCCCACCCCAGAGAGAGCUUGUCUGCUGGAAUGGACUGGAAUAAGAGACUCAAGAUUACCAGCUUCUUCUGAAUCCUCCCAUCAUCAUCGCUCUUUCCCUAAACCAUCCAAUGUCCCUCCUCUUCUACCACUAACUCCCACCUUCUCUGAGGCCUGCUCUGGAGAGAGGAGGCACUUAUUUUUAUAUUUAGAAAGUGGAAAACCACCAUAAUAGGUGUUAGCCAGCCCAGCUAUAUGGAGUAUGGGGAAUAUGGACUAUGUGAGAUGUUUGUGAACACUGUGACCUGAUCUUAAACAUUGGGGUUUGUUUUGACCCUGUAAGAGAAGGAACGUAUGCCCAAAGAUGGAUGAAACUCUUCCUCCCAUGAUCCUCCUGUGAUUUUAUUGUGUGAUCGAUGCGCCUCAGACUUCAACGAUUCGCUCACCAGGAAAACCACAAACUAUAGGCUGAAUGGCAUUGCUUCUGUAUCAUCUCUGUUUGUAUUUGUAUCAAAGCAUCUGUUUUCUCAUAAUGUCAUAACAUUUCCACUUUGCUCCCUAUGUUGGAUAUGAACUGGUAUUCAUAGAUAGUGUUAACAAUGCAUAGACAAUCAAAAGCCUUACCCCAUCCAUACCUCCCUCUCAAUAUGAUAGCAUUUAAGAUACAUUGACUAAAUGCAUGCAUACAUGCACACACACAAGCCCCCUAUGAUUCUCUAGCCUAUAGGCCUGCUUCACUCAUUCUAAGGCAGUUUAAGUUUAUUUAUGUCUAGUACACCAGGGGGUGCUAAUAAGACACACAGCAACAUGAAGCCACUACAGUACACUGCUCAGAGAUGUAUGAGGAUUGGGACAUGAAAGUACCAUAGAAGGAGAAGAUAGCCUGGGGAUGAUAUGACCACUUUAAAGAUGUAUGAGAUCUAUGUAACACCUUGUAACAUUUACGUAAAGCCUGCAGGUAUAAUGUGUUAUUACUAGUUAUGAGUAUCUAUCAUGCUUUAUUACCUGUUAGGAGCAAAUAUAAUGCUUUAUUACUUGCUAUGAGCAUGUAUAAUGCUUUAUUACUUGUUAUGAGCAAAUAUAAUGCUAUAUUACUUGCUAUGAGCAUCUAUAAUGUUUUAUUACUUACUACAGUAUGAGCAUCUAUAAUGUUUUAUUACUUACUACAGUAUGAGCAUCGAUAAUGCUGUAUUACUUGUUAUGAGCAAAUAUAACGCUUUAUUACUUGUUAUGAACAUCUCCAUCUAUGAGCCGAACACCUUUAUAUGCAAAAGUAUAGAUACAAAUAAUGUAUGAAAUACCAAGAUGGAUAUUGUACGGGAUUGAAAGUGAGCCCGGCGUAUCAAAGAACGCUUACAUCACUCAGUGUUGAUGUGAUGUUGUGGUAAUGUUAUGCUCAUGUUGUGGUAAAGUGAUGACAGACUGACAUAGUGCUUGUAUCAGCUACUCCAGACUGGCCUGUCUUUCCGUUUCACUUCAGAAGGGAAGGACACAGUUAUUUUUGUACAACAUGCCUGAAUGCUGUGGAUUGUGGAUCGGCUGUGGUAUCAGGGGCUUUGGUAUGUGAGUAUAGCCUGGUCAAGGAUCUAUUUGUGCGGUAUUGCCAACUCCUAUGGUCAUUAUCAAGAGGCGUCACACAACAAUAGCCAUAGGAGAUGGUAAGACAGCACAAACCGAUCUCGGACCAGGCUACUCUGAGCUAUGGGGCUAGGGGCUCUGAUCAGUGGGCCUGCCCAGUGGGGUCUGUGGUGGUGGGGCAGUGGGGUGUGUGGGAGAGGCCUAUCCUGGAGGUCAGACUCAGAGAUGCUCUAAUGAAUGAGACCAGGGGAGCCACAGGACUUACAGGAGAUUAGUCCUAGCAUAGGAUAGCAUGGGGACAGCUGUCCUGCACACAGACACACACCAGACCAAACCACUGGCACGCCUCAUAGGGGGGUGAAGAUCAAGUUUAUCUUACUGCGUGUGUGUCAUCCACUGUUACGGAUAGUAAUCUCAGGUCCCCCCGGUCGUUCAUAUUGUGGUAGGAUCUACACAAAGAGAACACUCCCCAGACCAAACCACUGCUACAUCUCAUACGGGGGUGAAGGGAGAUAGAAGGGAAAGUUUGUCUCUGUGUCAUCCAUUGUUACUAUUCACCCAGGGUCCGUAUAGUGCCGAUCUAGGAUCAGUUUUGCCUUUUAGAUCAUAAUUAAUAAGAUUAUAUGGACAGGAGCGACCUGAUACUAGUUCAGCACUCCUACUCUGAGACGCUUUCUGAAUACGGGCCCAGGUCCCCCCUGGAGGUUCAUAUUGUGGUAGGAUCUGAAAUGCGGGUUCCUGGUUGGGCUAGGUCUGAGGUACAGGCCAGGGUCAGCUGUGCUAUGCGGCGCCGACUCCACACUUAGGACGGAGAGAAAUGUUUGAUCUGUUUUCAUAUAUUGCACAAUUAAUUUUUUGUUAAUACGCAUAUUGUCAUUACUAUUACUCAUAAUAGUACAGAAAAAAAAAUGUUUUUAUUUCUCUGGUUUCCAUUUGUGAUCUAGCACCAAUGUGUUUGCAUAAGGGUUUUUACUAUUGGUCCAUAUGAUAAGCUGACCGUUAAACCCUGAGCAGAAUGGUAUAUGACCCAUGUAUAUUUACAUUUUAGUCAUUUGGCAGACGCUCUUAUCGAAAGCGACUUAAGGAGCAAUUAGGGGUUAAGUGCCUUGCUCAAAAGUUUGUUGACAGAUUUUUCACCUAGUCGGUUUGGAGAUUCAAACCAGCGACCUAUCGGUUACUGGCCCAAUGCUCUUAACCACUAGGCUACCUGCCUCCCUACAGUAUAUAUAUGGCAGGUUGUAUUUUUUCAAUAAAGUGUGACAAUCUCCUUCUGGACUAUAUGACAUCA